AUGCCGCCAUCCAGAGAGUUGGACCGGUUGGCCGGCAAGACUACCGAACGGGAUCGCAUCCCGUUGUUCGAUUGCAGGAAGAUUUUCCCUCUUGAUUCCAGCACGGAAAGUAUCCGUGCGGAGGAAGAGUUCUUCACCGAUGCGUUCUUCAAGCAUCGGUGGUACAAUGGUAGCCGUGUUCUAGACGGCAUAGCCUUGGUGCAGGGAUGGAAUGCCCAUAUCCACAACAUCGAGUGUAUUGGCCGUGAGGCCUGGCUCGCCAAACUUGAUGCAGCUCGCAUCAGGUUUGAGAAACGCAACCCAGUCGGGGCGCGAUACAAGUUGCACCGGCUUUCAAGAGAGGCAGGAUUACCAUGUCUCUCGUGGGGUGAUUCGUGUCCAGGUUACCUGGACAACUCGAAACGUGCCUCUAUGGAGGCCUACCUCCCUAAUGAUCCCAACUGGAGAGCGCGCAUCUCUUCCGAUAUAGCUGAAGGGAUUGAAACCUUGCAACCCCUGUACUCGCGUUCGGGGAGGUCGUUUUCCAACGGCCCUUCUUCAAACGCAGCGGGUGGGUCUCGUCGUACUGCUCGACGAGACCAAGGACAUCAAUAA